GGGCGGAAGCGAGGACGCCCAACGAUGUUGUGUGGGAGGUGGCGUCUUUCUCGCAUCCGGUAUCUCCUUGAUAAAUCCCACGUUAUAUUCUCGAACAAUUACGCCAGCUUUCAGCAUGGAAACAUUUUAACGUCAUCAAUUGCCAACAACAACAUGUUUUUAACCCCCAAGAGGCCGCGCUCCGACUUCAUGAACGACUCGAUGGAGAAGAGGAUAAAGCGGAUUUCCAUCGAGGGCAACAUCGCGGCGGGAAAGUCGACCUUCGUCCGCCUUCUGGAGCAAGAGUGCGCCGACUGGGAGGUGGUGCCCGAGCCCAUCGCCAGGUGGUGCAACGUGCAAACAAGCGGCAGUGACUUUGAGGAGCUGACGUCGUCGCAGCGUAGCGGCGGCAACGUGCUGAAGAUGAUGUACGACAAGCCGGAGCGUUGGGCCUACACCUUCCAGAGCUACGCCUGCAUCAGCCGCGUGCGCGCCCAGAUCCGCUCGGCCAACGGGAAGCUGCGGGAGGCCGACGACCCCGUGCAGUUCUUCGAGCGCUCCAUCUACAGCGACAGGUACAUCUUCGCCGCCAACCUCUACGAGAACGAGUGCCUGAACGACACGGAGUGGUCCAUCUAUCAGGACUGGCACGGCUGGCUGCACAGCCAGUUCAGCCGGCACAUCCAGCUGGACGGCAUCAUCUACCUGAGGGUCCCCCCGGAGAAAUGCAUGGAGAGGCUGCACCUGCGCGGUCGCGAGGAAGAGCAGGAAAUCCCUCUGGAGUAUCUGGAGAAGCUCCACGUCAAGCACGAGAGCUGGCUGCAGCACAAGACCAUGACGAUGGACUUUGAGUAUUUGGCCGACUUGCCGGUGCUGACGCUCGACGCCACGGAAGACUUCAAAGGCAACGAGAGCAAGAGUGCCGACAUGAUGGAGAAAGUGAAAGAGUUCCUGAGUACCUUGUGAGGAACCGCAAAGGAGGCAAGAGGGGAAAUCUAUAAAGUGCUGUUUUUAAUUUUUUUUAUUUGGAUUUUGUUUUGUUUUUUCAUUGUAAUGCCACUGUAGUGACAUUUUUUUAACCACAGGUGUCUAUUUAUCAUUGUGUGUGUGUGCGUGCGCGUCUCACAGACUGAAAUAAACUAUGAAAUAAAAGCUUCCAUUUGAAAUUGACUU